AUGAAUAAAUCAGAAGACAAAAGGGGUCAAUGUGAACCAAUUACAUUGGAACUCUGCAUGAAUUUACCCUACAACUAUACAAAUUAUCCAAAUUACCUUGGCCACAGGACUCAAAAGGAAGCAUCCAUCAGCUGGGAGUCUUCUCUUUUCCCUGCACUUGUUCAAACGAAUUGUUACAAAUACCUCAUGUUCUUUGCUUGCACCAUUUUGGUACCAAAGUGUGAUGUGAACACAAGCCAGCGGAUCCCACCUUGCAGACCACUGUGUGAGCACUCCAAAGAACACUGUGAGUCUGUGCUUGGGAUUGUGGGCCUACAGUGGCCUGAAGACACAGAUUGCAGUCAGUUUCCAGAGGAAAAUUCAGACAACCAAACCUGCCUAAUGCCCAAUGAAGCUGUGGAAGAAUGCUCACCUAGUCACUUCAAGUGUGGCUCUGGACGGUGUGUUCUGGCUACCAGAAGAUGUGAUGGCCAGGCUGACUGUGACGAUGACAGUGAUGAAGAAAACUGUGGCUGUAAAGAGAGAGAUCUUUGGGAAUGUCCAUCCAAUAAACAAUGUUUGAAGCAUACAGUCAUCUGUGAUGGGUUCCCAGACUGUCCUGAUGGCAUGGAUGAGAAGAACUGUUCAUUUUGCCAGGAUGACGAACUCGAAUGUGCAAACCAUGAGUGUGUGUCCCGUGAGCGCUGGUGUGAUGGGGAAGUCGACUGCUUGGACAGUUCUGACGAGUGGGACUGUGUGACCCUCUCUAAAAAUGUGAGCUCCUCUUCGUUCCUGACGGCUCACAGAUCUGCCAUAGAACACCACGUGUGUGCGGAUGGCUGGCAGGAGACGUUAAGUCAGCUGGCCUGCAAGCAGAUGGGUUUAGGAGAACCAUCUGUGACCGAAUUGGUACAGGAACAGGAGCAAAACCAGCUGUGGUUGACAUUACACUCCAGCUGGGAGAGCCUCAACGGGACUACUUUGCAUGAACUGUUGGUAAAAGGGCAGGCUUGUCAUAGCAGAAGUAAGAUUUCUCUUCUGUGUACUAAACAAGACUGCGGGCGUCGUCCUGCUGCCCGAAUGAACAAGAGGAUCCUUGGGGGUCGGACGAGUCGCCCCGGAAGGUGGCCAUGGCAGUGUUCCCUGCAGAGUGAACCCAGUGGACACAUUUGUGGCUGUGUCCUCAUUGCCAAGAAGUGGGUCCUGACAGUUGCCCACUGCUUCGAGGGGAGAGAGAACGCUGCCGUCUGGAAAGUGGUGUUUGGCAUCAACAACCUAGACCACCCGUCACCGUUCCUGCAGACGCGCCUCGUGAGGACCAUCAUCCCGCACCCGCGCUAUAGCCGAGCGGUGGUCGACUACGACAUCAGCAUCGUGGAGCUGAGCGAAGACAUCAACGAAACCAGCUACGUCCGGCCGGUCUGCUUGCCCAGCUCAGAGCAGGCCUUGCAACCCGACACGUACUGCUAUAUCACAGGCUGGGGGCACAUGGGCAACAAAAUGCCUUUUAAGCUGCAAGAGGGAGAGGUCCGCAUCAUCCCCCUGGAGCAGUGCCGGUCCUACUUCGACACGAAGACCAUCACGGCGCGGAUGGUGUGCGCCGGCUAUGAGUCCGGCACCGUCGACUCGUGCAUGGGUGACAGCGGUGGGCCACUUGUUUGCGAGCGGCCUGGAGGACAGUGGACAUUAUUUGGUUUAACGUCGUGGGGCUCUGUCUGUUUUUCCAAAGUCCUGGGGCCCGGAGUUUAUAGCAAUGUGUCAUACUUCGUCGAAUGGAUUCAAAGACAAAUAUACAUCCAUACCUUUCUCCUAAACUAAUUCCAAAGAUGAUGAGAGACUUUUGCCAGCUACAAAGAAAAUGGCCCUGUCAACUGUGGAGUGCUCCCCGCAGAGAGCCGUCCAGAAGCACUUUUCAUGGACAGGGAUGCUCAGCGGUGCACUGCAAAUUUUCAUGUUUGUUUUGGUCUCAUUUUAUUCAGUUUUUUCAAUUUUAGUUUUCUCUUACUUCAAGUUUAAUGACAGUCUUUAAAAAAAACAACAACAAAAAAAAAACCCAAAAAACAAAGCAGAUUUUGUUCUUUUGCCAGGCCUAAUCUUGACAAUAGCACAAAAGUAUCAGCUCUGGAAUAAGGCAGGUGCUAGGGUAACAGGUUCUAGAGAAUUCUCUUUAUCCCAGUCACAGAGAGGCCAUUGAGAUCCAGGCUCUUUGCCAGCUUUUGUUUCUCAAGCACAAUAGCAGAGUGGCAAAUUUCAAUAUUAAUACUGGAGACUUGCUUUUGAUUUAUUAAGAGCCAAGACAGUUUACCUGCUUAAAUUAUUUACUGUUACUCAAGUCUGCAUAAUUCUGAAAACCUAUGAAAGAUAGUCAGAGGUAAAAGACAAGUGGCAUCCAUUUAGGUAGCUGAAAUGGCAAGACAUAUUGAACACAAAGCUCUUUAGACAUCAACAAUAGCAUUUAACAGUAUAAGACUGCACGUUCUGAACUUAAAUCAAGGAUGUAACCUUAUAGAAAAGUCUCCAUAGAACCUUCCCUCUAGCUGGGAUUUGUUCAGUGUGUAUCAGCUGGCUGACUGAGACCUCAACAGCUAGAGUAAUAUUCGUGGGAAACAUUUUGUUGUGCCUAUGUGACAAUGAAUGGAGAUUAAACUGUCAAAGGAGACUUGCUUUAGCCUGGAGAGAUUCAAUUUUUGAAAACAAAAAUUAAAUUGCACCCGACCUCCACUUCAGUAUUUUCCAACUUCCCUGUGUUCGCCCAUAAUGAUAAAAUCACAGAAAUGCCUCUCAAAGCAUAGUUCAAGUUUGCGUGGAGUAAAACAUUUUGUAAUUUUCCUUGAAACGUGUUUAGUAUCUGAUGUUGCCAUUGCCUCCCCUUGAUAAUUAAAACAAAAAUUUUAAAAAUGCUUUUAAGCACUAGGCCACUUUGUGCACAUCAAUUUCUGAAGUAACUAGCGGUUAAAAGUAUUUUUUUCCGCACUAAAAAUCUUCAAAAUGCAAAUUUUCACACUAAAAGUAAUUUAGUUAGGCAUCCAUUUUGCAACAUCCAAAUGCCUUCGGAACAAGGAAGAUUCCCCACUAACCUUCACCAGCACCCCGGACUGCCUCGGCAUCCCCCGCCCCUGCAGAGACUUACCUGCAAUUUUAUACCUGGGUUUUUGUACUUUUUUCUAUGUGUGCACAUAUUUCAGAAUCGAAACGUUGCCUUGACACAUUCCAUGUUAUUCAUCUCCUGUUCCAGAGUUUGUGUAAACCUACUGAGAAUGUGAAAUCCAACAAUGGAAUUAUGGUGAGGACUGUUAUAGUGGUAGGUACAUACUUCAUGUAAUAACUGUUAGCUUUGCUCAAUUUAUGUUCAGGCAAGUGUACCUACUGUACUUAUUCUAAAUAACCCUUAAUACAAAUAAAAUGGUACAACCUUUUUUUUUUUUUUUAAUGGACAUGGAACAUGGAAAUAGCAAGUCCCAGAAAACCAUGCCUCCCACUUUACAGUUGGCCCCCAGCCGCCGACCAAUCCGAAUUUACCUGUCAUGUGUCUGUCACAGGAACGUGCUCUUUUAUUUUAGGUGAUGGAUGGCUCUCUACAAUGAGAGGUUCCUAAUAGUUUCAAGUCCCUUAGGAGUCCAAAGAAAACUUUAAACCUGGUAAGAGUGCAAGGAAUCUUUCAUGUCUAGAGUAUAUUUUGGGAGCCUGAUAUAAUAAUUCUUUCACAAAUCUUUUGGGGUAAAAUUAUACCACAAAAUAUAAACUAUUAAUUUUUCCUGGCUACCAGGAGCAAUGAUACAAUGCUUGGUCCCCCGAAAUUUGGUAAAAUACACUGAAUACCAACAUGCAAUAGAUCCCAUCAGCUUGGGUUAACUCUGCGUAAAGUUAUUUACUUGUAAAUGAGACCCUUUAAAGGCUUGAUACAGAUCCCAAAUCUCUUUUGCCCAAGGGCCAGUUAUGUUUCAGAAUCCAGAAUUUUUCAGAAUUUAAAAAAUACAAUUUAGCACCCAGUAAUAAAAUACAUUUUUAUAGCAAAAUAUCUGAAUAAUUACAUUAAAGAAAUUGCCUUA